AUGACAAGCGUAAAUGACGUGGUGUUGGAGGAGAUUAAGCCCUCGAGUAGCGGUAGCGGCCCCGACCAGUGGAUUGAAAACUUGCGCAAUGGCAAAGUAUUGAGUGAACUGGAGCUUAAACAGGUGUGCGAAAUAGUGAAGUUGCUACUUAUCGAGGAGUCCAAUGUGCAGCCCGUAAGUAGUCCCGUAACUGUCUGUGGCGAUAUUCACGGUCAAUUUUUCGAUUUACUGGAACUUUUCCGGUGCGGUGGUGACAUCGAAAGCACGAAUUAUAUUUUUAUGGGCGACUUCGUGGACCGCGGACACAACAGCGUCGAGACUUUCGAGCUCUUGCUGUGUCUUAAAGCUCGCUACCCAGACCGCAUUACUUUGCUGCGAGGUAAUCACGAAUGCCGGCAGAUUACACAAGUUUAUGGCUUUUAUGAAGAGUGUGUGCGCAAGUACGGCAACGCCAACCCAUGGAAGUACUGUACAGAUGUGUUUGACUACCUCAACUUGGCCGCCAUCAUUGACGGACGUGUGCUCUGUGUGCACGGUGGCUUGUCGCCCGAGAUUCGUACGUUGGAUCAGAUUCGAACAAUAGAGCGCCAGCAUGAGAUACCACACGAAGGAUCAUUUUGCGAUCUUAUGUGGUCCGAUCCUGAGGAUAUUGAGACGUGGGCCAUGAGUCCACGUGGUGCUGGCUACCUGUUUGGUGCGAAAGUAACACAAGAGUUCAAUCAGAUCAACGGACUUGACCUCAUCUGUCGUGCACAUCAGCUCGUGCAGGAAGGUUACAAGUACAUGUUUGAUAAUAGCCUCGUCACUGUCUGGUCAGCGCCAAACUAUUGUUACCGAUGCGGUAAUGUUGCAGCUAUCCUGUCGUUUGACGACAAUCUAGAGCGUGAUUUUAAGCUGUUUCGCGAGGUUGCUGAGUCCUCGGAUGGCUUUGACCAACGUGCGCUAGUGCCGUACUUCCUGUAA